AAAUCCUGACACGAUGACAUAUUUAAUGAUACAUAGAAACUGGCACAGAUGCCCACAUCUCCCAGCUGGACUGUAGAUUUGCUAUGGCUGAACUCCCCGAGGAUGCUAGCGCUUUGAUGUCAGCGAUACUCUCCAGGUUUUUCAGUCCUCCUGUUUAUCGGCACUAUCUGGGCUUUGACGUACAAGCGUCGGAUGCGGGACGUCAAUCGCCCAAUCGCUGUACACAUGAUCGUGGGCAUCGUUCGUAUCGAAAACGGGCUGGUGAAGUAUCGCGAUACGUGGCCAGGCGGACCAGCAGCAUUCUUCGCAGACGUUACAGAAGAGACAUAUGUGAUCAAGCACGCGUUAUACAUUUUCCAAACUGUACUUGCUGAUGGGGUGAUGAUUUAUCGCUGCUAUGUUCUUUGGCAAUCGGUCCGGGUGAUCAUCCUACCCAUUUUGCUGUGGUGUAGCAUCAUAGUGACUGGCGUUCGUGCGGUCUAUGGUAAUUCGCAAGCCACCACCGAUCCCGGAGACGUCUUCGCCGCUGACGUUAAAAAAUGGAUCAUGGCAUUCAUCGUUUCGACUCUUUCAACUAAUCUGGUGUGUUCAGGACUACUGGUGUAUCGCGUAGCACCUGUGAUGGUAAUUGUGCGCGUGCUCGUGGAUGCCGCUGCAUUAUACUCUGUGAUGCUGUUCUCCUUUCUUUUCUGUUUCAUCACCGCGAACAACGGAGAAUCUGUUUUGUCGGACAUCGUGAUUCCGCUAUUUACCUCUUUUAUGGAAAACAACACUGACCUCUGAUUGACUAGGUCGUACCUAUCUUAUCGAUCACCUUCUACAUGGUGCUUAUUCGCAUCACGCUCAAUUUUCGACAUCGCUUCUCGACUGCCAAUACUAGACGAACGACUGAGGAG